CAUAACGAAAGUUCACGUGGACAAUUGGAUAAACCUUGGAUUCGGGGUUUUAGAGUCAUUGCUCCUCAGUUCUCAGUGUCUCGCUCUUGGUCUUGGAAUCUGCAGACUAUAAUCAACAGGUUGAGCACCAGUAGGCAUGGCAAGCCUAAACAUGCCCUCAACCUUCAGUUGCUUCUCUGUCAACAGCAUCAGCAGAGAUUGUAGAAAGUUGAGCAGUGAUAUUGGGCGAUGUCAGGUUAUCAAGGCAAUGCGGAUAGAGAAACCUUUGGAGGAACUGUACAAUGUGAGGGUGGAACGGAAAGCGUCACCGCAGCGGCUGGCAGAGCUUGGGGUUUCAAGAUGGUCAGUGUGGAAGACCGGCAAGUGCAAGUUGCCCUGGGACUGGCAGGUGGACCAAUUGGUUUACAUUGAGGAAGGGGAGGUGAGAGUAGUUCCUGAAGGGAGCAAGAAGUUCAUGCAAUUUGUUGCCGGAGACCUUGUUCGUUACCCAAAGUGGUUUGAGGCAGACCUCUGGUUCAAUGGUCCAUACCAAGAGCGCUACACUUUCAGAGCAUAUGGCGAUGAUUGAGAGCCCAUUGUGUCAAGUUACAUGUGGAGUAAUAGAGCUUCCCUUAAUAGGUAUCUUGUUUAUUUUAACUGCUUAGUUGAAGCAUUGUAUAUUGGAUCAAAAAAUUGGUUUGAGACCAGUUUAUUUUUUUUGUGGAA